AUGGAUUUAUCGAAAGAAACUACUAUGUGUCCGAAACCUCCCUCUUCCCCACCACAUCCUUGCCCUACUUCGCCAUCGACAAUAGCUUCUUCAACAUAUCCCCAGUCCCAGAAAUAUCCCUCCUCGAACCCGUCCGCACUUAUGCUGAUCCGUUUGCCCGCCGUAGCUCGCGUCUUAAAAGAUUAUGGCUGCUCCUGUAUGGCCACGUUUCUUGAUGCUCAGCUGUCUAAAGAGUACCGUAACGGCACCAAUUUCACGAUCUUUGCGCCGUUAGACGUGGCGUUUCCCGAAGCCGUCAAGAGGAACAUCAGCGAUUACUCCUCGAUCUUCCGCAAGCACGUCGUGCCGAGGCUGCUUACGUGGCGCGACCUGAUUAGUCUCCCGGACAACACUCUACUGCCGACGUUAUUCUCCAACGAUUUUUCAAUCAGAGUGACGAUUUCAUGGAUGGUGCGGUAUGUCAAUGGCGUUUUGGUCGUCGUUCCGGACAUGCAUCGUAGCGAUUUCGUCGUCGUUCAUGGAAUCCGUAGAUUGCUUGAUAACACCAUAGUGUAA